GAUCGUGGCUAAUGGAUGUGGAGAGGCAUUGCCAGUUUUGACAGACGCGAAGUACAGCAUGGCAAGCAAUGGUUCCUACAGCAACGAGCGCCCGUCAUCUGGAGGCGAUGCCCCGGAGUAUGCUACUGAUCCGGCAUCAGGCAGUUUCUUUCAUUCAGACUAUAAAAAACAUGAAGAUUUGAAACAAAUGCUGGACAGUAAUAAAGACAGCUUAAAAUUAGAAGCAAUGAAAAGAAUUAUAGGGAUGGUGGCAAAAGGAAGAGAUGCAUCUGAUCUUUUUCCAGCUGUUGUGAAAAAUGUCGUUUCAAAAAAUAUUGAAGUGAAGAAAUUGGUGUAUGUUUAUCUUGUACGUUAUGCUGAAGAGCAGCAAGAUUUGGCCCUGCUUUCCAUAUCAACAUUUCAGAGGGCUUUGAAGGAUCCUAAUCAGUUGAUAAGGGCAAGUGCUCUUCGUGUGCUGUCUAGCAUUCGUGUGCCCAUGAUUGUGCCAAUUGUGAUGCUGGCAAUCAAGGAUUCUGCUUCCGAUAUGUCACCCUAUGUUCGUAAGACAGCUGCACAUGCAAUACCAAAACUCUAUAGUCUAGAUCAGGAACAAAAGGAAGAAUUGAUCCAUGUUAUUGAGAAACUUCUUUCUGACAAAACAACGUUGGUUGUUGGUUCAGCUGUCAUGGCAUUUGAAGAAGUGUGUCCAGAGCGAAUUGAUUUAAUUCACAAAAAUUACAGGAAGCUGUGUAACCUUCUUGUUGAUGUUGAUGAAUGGGGACAGGUCAUCAUAAUCAACAUGCUGACACGUUAUGCUCGAACACAGUUCACAGACCCGAAUGCUGAUGAUGCUGGUGAAGAAUCACAGAACAAACCAUUUUAUGAUGAUGAUGGUGAUGAUGAUGAAGAAGAUGAUGGUGAAGAACAAAAGAAGGAGGAAAAGACAAAGAAGACAUACACUUUGGAUCCAGACCAUCGAUUGCUGUUGAGGAACACUAAGCCACUUCUACAGAGUCGUAAUGCAUCGGUUGUGAUGGGAGUAGCCCAACUCUACCACCAUUUGGCUCCAAGGUCGGAAGUGAUGGUUGUGGCAAAGGCUUUGAUUCGUUUGUUGAGGUCACACCGAGAAGUUCAAUCAGUAGUUCUAAAUUGCAUAGCUUCCAUCUCUACUCUAAGAAAGGGGAUGUUUGAACCCUUCCUGAAGAGCUUCUUUGUAAGGACAAGUGACCCAACUCAUAUAAAGCUUCUGAAGUUAGAAAUCCUUACUAAUUUGGCCACAGAAACAAGCAUUUCUGUGAUUCUUCGAGAAUUUCAGACUUACAUUUCAAGUCAUGAUAAGGAAUUUGUUGCUGCUGCUAUUCAGGCUAUUGGAAGAUGUGCAUCGAACAUAAAAGAAGUGACUGAUUCAUGCCUGAGUGGACUGGUAUCUCUUUUGUCUAAUAGAGAUGAGGCAGUAGUGGCAGAAAGUGUGGUUGUCAUCAAGAAAUUACUUCAGACACAACCCAGUGAGCAUAAAGACAUUAUUAUUCAUAUGGCAAAGUUGGUUGACUUCAUUGCUGUUCCCCAGGCCAGAGCUUCCAUACUGUGGCUUCUUGGGGAAUAUUCAGAUCGAGUGCCAAAGAUAGCGCCAGAUGUGCUGCGUAAAAUGUCCAAAACCUUUAUCAAUGAGGAGGACAUUGUGAAACUUCAGAUUCUUAAUCUUGCUGUAAAACUUUAUCUUACCAACCCAAAGCAGACAAAACUGCUUUGUCAGUAUGUGUUCAGCUUGGCCCGUUAUGACCAGAACUAUGAUAUUCGAGAUCGAGCAAGGUUUCUUCGUCAGUUCAUCUUCCCAUCUGCUGGUUUGGAAAACUCCAAAUUAGCAAAACAUGCUAAGAAGAUAUUCUUAGCAACAAAACCAGCACCUGUACUGGAGUCAAAAUUUAAAGAUCGUGAACAGUUCCAGUUAGGUUCUCUCUCUCACUAUAUAAAUGCCCGAGCAAAUGGGUAUCAUGACUUACCCGCAUUCCCUGAUAAACCUUCUGAUUCUUCUGUCCGAGAUGUUGAACCAAUUGUGCCUGUCCAGGAGACACGCUCGAAGAAACAGCAUACUGUAAAGAAACGCUCUUUCUAUUCAGAAUCAGAACAGAGCUCUCCUGCUGAUGAAGAUUCAGAAGAGGAAAGCAGUGAAGAAGGUACAAGUGAGGAGGAUGAUUCUUCAGAAGUUGAAGAAAGUAGCAGAGAAGAGAGUGAAUCAGGAAGCUUGGAAAGUGAUAUACAAGAACUGGGAGAGAGAAAGGGAAAAAUGGUUGAUACAAAACCAAAAAAUAAUGAAGUAAAGAAGUCAGGAAAAGCGGACAGUAAUGAAACCUCAGAAGAAUCUGACAGUGAUGAAGCUGAGGAUGACUCCUCUGAAGAGGAAGAAACUGACUCAUCAGAAUCAUCUUCAAAUGAUAAGAGGAGACCACCAGUGAAGAAGCUUCAUGCCAGAACUGCCAAUGAUGACAACCCAACCCCAGAGCCAAAACCGAAGAGUAAUCUAGACCUUCUGUUAGAACUGGAUGAUGUGCCACCAGCCAUAACACCUGUACUGACACCAUCUUUAGGUGGUUUCCUCACACCUCUUUCAGCAUCUGUAAUGCCUGUUACAUCAGCAUCUGUUCAGCCUGCAAGCCCAAGUUUCAUUCCCUUGAAAACAACAGAGUUGCUGAACAAGAUCAGUGGCCGAGGACUCCACGUGCUUUCCCGUUUUACUCGAUCGCCGCACCUUUUCUCACCAGCUAUGGUGUCUGUUGAGCUAACAUUCACUAACUUGGGUACUGAAGAGCUGAAAGACAUCAGAGUUAGCCAGAAGACUCUGCCUGCUGGUAUGUCUAUGCAUGACUUUGCAACAAUCUCAGUUCUGCCAGUAAAUGCUACUCUUCCUGGGACAAUUGGUGUGGAUUUCAAUGACUCAACACAGCCAGUGAGCUUUACCCUCGCUGUCGGAGAAGUGCAGCACAACCAAGUCACAAUCAAAGCUCCAGUGGGCGAGUUGAUUCGAGCAGUCACCAUGCCAGAACCUCUCUUUAUUUCUGAGCAGAGUAAACUCAGAGGUAUGAAUGAACACAGUGCAGUAGUGAAUUUGCUUCCAUCUUGUAAUGAUCAAAAGACAGUUUGUCAGCGAGUCUUUGAGGUAUCCAAUGUCGCAGCUAUCCCUAGCGUUGAUUCAAAAUGUCUCAGGUUUGCAGGUCAGACCUUAUCAUCCAAGUCUCUGGUCCUAGUAACAAUUAAGAUACUGGAGAAUGAUCAAGCCAAUAUUUCUGUUAACUGCGAAAAAAUGGUUGUAGGUUCUAUGUUGCUGAACGAAAUUAAGAGUCAUUUAAGGGACUAAGCAAAUUAUGAAGUUGGUGGGUACAAGUGUAUUACUAUUUUUUACAAUGUUAGAGUACAAGUAAGUACUGAUUGUUUCUUCCCUUAUGCAUUUAAAGGACUUUUGAAUUAAGAAAGAACAUUCCAGAAUAGGUAUGAUCUGGUGUAUGUUAUUUAUCAUCUUCAAAUAUUAGUUCAAUAAUUGAUAAGAUGUAACAAACCAUGUAUAUGCUUAAGAUACCACUUUACAGGAACUAGGAGGAAAUGUUCUCAAUGAUCCUCAUGGGCACUCAUGAUUCUCUGUCAUGUAUGUUCUGUGUGCAUUUUAUUCCAUCUUAAAUAUUUCUGUUCAUAUGAUUUGAUCCUCUGAAUCAUUUCUCAUUUUGAAGAAAGCAGUCUUCUGGGAUUUGGCACCGUGUAUAUGUGGUGUUAACCGACGUUUCGGAGGAACGUA